GCUCAGACAGCUGCCGGAGCCUCAGCGUCCGGAGCAGUCAAGGCGAAGCCUCCUAGAGGGACCAGGAAGUGUUACAUCUGUGACAGUGCACGGCACAUGGCUAAAGAGUGUCCCCAGAGGCUCCAGAAGCACACUGCAGCCUUAGCAACAGUAACAGGGGAAGCGUUCCAAGGGGAACAGUUUCAGGGAAACGAGAAUGCCUGGCUGGAAGCAGAGAUGCUGGGGCUCCGCCAGGCAAGUCAGUGAAGCAGUCCCCAGCGCUUUUGCAGCCUACAGACCCCUUACCACCCAAGCCAGUGGUGCAGCUCACUGCUACUCUCCAGCUGCCUAAUGGACUCACCCUGGAAGUCCCCAUUACGAUUGACUCAGGGAGCAACGCAGACUUCGUGGGGAUGCAGUUCAUCAAGCAGCAUCGCAUAGCGCUACUACCAGCCACGCUGCCUCUGAACGUGGUCACCGUAGAUGGCAGGAAGUUGCUGGGUGGGCAAGUGGUACAACAGACGCCACCCAUGCUGCUGAAAAUUGGGAAUCAUCGCGAGGUCAUCAGUUUCAAUGUCACCCAACUGUCAGACACGCCCAUAGUGUUAGGCAUGAGUUGGCUGGACAGACACAGCCCAUCAUUGGCGUGGUACCAGCGGCAGCUCACCUUUGGCUCGUCCUACUGCGCACAACAUUGCAUCCAGAUCGGCCAGGAGGAGGAGGGCCAGGAGGAAGGGCAACAGUUGCAUCUAGGCAUGGUGCAGGCGGUGCCCCACAAGUACAAGGGGUUUUUGGAGGUCUUCUGCGAGAAGGAAGCUGACCAAUUACCACCCCACCGGCCCUACGACUGU